CUCUGACAUUAAGUACUUCUAUUUAGGUUCCAUGGCUCAUUUCACCAGCUGUUACAUCAUGAGGUAUAAAGAAGUCCAUCCAUUAUGGGGAUACUGGUGGCAGAUCGUGUUUUCUUUGGGGAGAUUGGAGCUCUGGAUCCUGGCAUGAAAAUUUAUGGCGGAGAAAAUGUUGAAUUCGGAAUUAGAGUGUGGUCGUGUGGUGGUAGCAUUGAGGUGAUUCCCUGUUCCAAGAUUGCUCACCUGGAGAGAGCGCAUAAACCUUACAUGCCAGAGCUGAAAUACUUGAUGCAGAGAAACGCUCUCCGGGUGGCUGAGGUGUGGCUGGACGACUACAAGCACAAUGUCAACAUUGCCUGGAGGCUCCCUCUACAGAACCAUGGCAUAGAUAUUGGUGAUGUGUCUGAAAGAAAAAAGCUGAGGGAAAAACUGAAGUGCAAGCCUUUCCAGUGGUACCUCGACAAUGUCUAUACCAGCUUAAAGCCAUUCAACAUUCUCGGCUAUGGCAAUUUGCAGAAUGACAUGAACACAGAUGCAUGUGUGGAUCAAGGCCCAGGACACACCCCCAUCUUAUACCAAUGUCAUUCUUACACAUCUCAGGCUUGCUACUAUCACUCAAGUGGCAAGAUAUACAUUGGACAUAUACAGUCCAACAUGGACCAAACUAACCGUUGUCUGGUGGAUCCAGGCUUGCAAGAAUUGACACAACUACAUGAAUGCAAGAAGGCCAAAGAAACAGGCCUUAAUAUGCACUGGGACUUCAAACAGGGGUCUGCCAUACAGAACAGAGAGACAAAGAGAUGUUUGGAGGUAAAGGACAGUGAACUUGUCAUGCAGGAAUGCAGUGGUCAGAACUGGAGGAUUACAAAUGUGGUCAAAGAGUUUUGAAUUCCUGUAGAGCAUAUUUCAACAUAACAUUCAACUGCUGUCCUGUACCCCGGUUGCAAAGAUUGAUUUUUCAGAAUUCAGAAACAGAUUCACUCUCAAUCUCUGGUCAAGACAAGAGCAUAGGAGAUAUGCCAGGAUUGAGUUGUGCUACAAAUGCAAAACGUACAAAUGCAAGUGAUGCUUAAGUCAUUUUAUUUAUAUUACAUAUUGGAAAAAGUAACAAUUGUCUGUGUACAUUACUUAAUUUAAAUUAACUGUAAUGUAAUAUCUUCAUGUGUAGUCUGUCUCCUCAUUGGCAAAAAUCCUGAGGUAUUCUGCGUUGAAAGAGCUUCUGGCAGAGUAUCAUUUCAGAUCUUUAUGGUUAGAUGUAAAUGUUAUUAUUUUCUUUCACUGCUAUAGAGGAGUUGUUUAAGUUUCUAGAGUUAUAAGAAGUUCUAAGCUGAAGUUCUAAGCAACCUAUUUCACGGGGUGUCCGACGAAAGUUCUCUCGAAACGUUGCGCUGCUCGUUUCCUUUGCCUUCAGGACACUCCAAUUGAAAACAAUGUAAUUAAACGGAUUUUAUCGCUAAUGUUUGCUCGCAUCAGAUCCUGUUAGGACAUAGUUAGAGAGAAAAGAAUAGGCAGAGUUAAUGAAGAGUGAGGACAUUGUCCUACGACAUCCCAGACAAGUUUUGACAAAGAAUUAGGCUACUUUAAAUUUCAGGAACGAUAUUACCUCCAACAUCGGGGUUAGGCCAUGAGCUCACCAAUAAAGUCAAUUUGAGUUGUAUUGAAUUUACAAUCACUAUCCGUAGCCUAUCCUAAGUUUGAAAACAGUGCUACAUUUAUUUUUCAUUUGAGUGGUGAUGUUGAAAACCUACAUUAGCUCAAGAAUGGAAUCCAUUACUUCACAUUAGAGUAUGAUUCUGAGCGCAUUUCUGUUUCACACAGUUUUGCAUAGCCUACUAAAUGAUAUGAAAAGGAAACCUACAGGAAUAAGGAGUCAGGGGGAAACAGGUGUAAUAAAGCACAUUUAUCAUUUGUCAUGCUAAAGAAGGGCAUCUGGCCUGAAACGCCCAUGGGAUGAAUAAAAACU